UAUAAAUUUUUCAUAUCAUUUAGCUCAAAACUAAACUGUUUCAUGGAUGACAUAAUUCCAUCACCACUUGCUAAUUUAAAUCCUCGUCCGGAUUAAAUUAAUUAAUCUUUUUUAAUAAAUCAUUAUACUUAGUAAUUAAUUAGACUAUUUCAAACAAUUUAGUUAAAAAUAUUAAAAAAAAAGUGAGGAAAAACUCAGAGUGGACCCCACUCUUAUAUACCUUUCUUCAAAUUUCCUUUUGCCCUUUAUUUACUUUUCUUCAGUGCUUUCAUUGGAGUUGUCUCUCCCUCUUUCUACACAGUGUGGACUCAUCUAUAGUAUUCUUUACUUCCGUUUUGUAGGGAGGAGAUAUAAAUCUUUGCUUUGUGGGUAGAGAAACCAAAACAAAACAGGAGAAAACAAGGUUCCAUUAUGCUUGGGUUUGGAUUAGAGGUCAUCAUACACAAAUCUUUCUUCUUUGGAUUGCUUCAACAGUAAUUGAAUUUUCUGGAGUUAUUAUUUCUUCAGAUGUGUAGCAUGUGUCAUUACUGUGGUGCCAAACUUAUGAAGUACAAUGAGGACCAAAGGAAACAGAACAGUAAUGCUUUAAUCUCAAGUAGUGGAGACCCCGUUUGGUCUUGUAAAUUAUGUUGGGAGAGGCAGGGAAGAGAAUUUGUAAAUCGGGAAGGUAUUAGUCCGUUUGCAACACCAAUGAUCAGUCCAACUACUUCAUUGUCUAGCAGUGAUCAAUCAAAUUCUGGCUGCAGUGAUUUUUCAGUUGAUAUAAACUCAUAUGAUUGUGGUGAGGGUGAACAAGAUGUUGGUUCAAACAAUAGUCAUGGGGAGCUCAAUUGUCUACCAAAUGGCCGAUUGCAGCACCUGAGCUCAGAAAGCCCAAGGAAGAGAGUUGAUAGCUCGAAUAUGAUGACAGAAAGCAACUUGAGGGAUAAGAAAAAUACCAACGAUAUGGACAUAGUGAGAGAUGUUGAGAUAACAGAAGCUAGUAAUGAACAGGAAGCAAAGGAAAAUGUUGUUGAAAAUUCUCCUAGAACCAUUAACAAAGAAAGUGGAGUUUCUCAGUCCAUUAAUGUUGAAAUGGAUACUCAAAUUUGGGAACCUCCAGAACCUGAAGAUCCAGAGGAUGACUUGGAGGGUGCUAUGGCUUAUGAUGAUGAUGAUGAUGAUGAUGAAUGUGGAGAUGGCACAAAAUGGGGCAAGCCAAGUUCCUUGAGUCGUACUAAAGAUGAGGGCAAUGGAAGCCACAGGUUUAAAGAGGAAAAACAAAGGGCAAUGAAAGAGGUGAUAAAUGGGAAGGUCAAAGCUAUUGUUAGUCAACUUCUUAAAUCUGUGGGUGUUGCCUGUUCUAUGAAUGAGGGUGAUAGUUGGGUGGAUAUAGUUACUUCUUUGUCUUGGGAAGCCGCUCUGUUUUUGAAGCCUGAUGCUAUUGAUGGCAAAGCAAUGGGUCCAGAUGGAUAUGUGAAAGUGAAAUGCAUUGCAACUGGCUCUCACAGUCAAAGUCAAUUAAUCAAGGGCUUGGUCUUCAAAAAGCAUGCUGCUCAUAAGCACAUGCAAACUAAGUACAAAAAUCCAAGGCUGUUGUUAAUUCAGGGAGUCCUUGGUCAGUCCUCUAGUGGGUUGUCUUCAUUCAGUUCACUAGAUGAGGAAAAAGUUCAUCUGAAAUCUCUAAGUGAGAUGAUAGACAUGUACCAUCCAAAUGUGAUAUUGGUGGAGAAAACUGUUUCACGUGGUGUUCAAGAGUUUAUCCUUGCCAAAGGAAUCACACUGGUGUUUGACAUGAAGCUACAUCGUCUAGAGAGAGUUGCACGUUGUACUGGCUUACCAAUCAUACCAUCUGAUACUUUGAUGAAUCAAAAGCUAAAGCUGAAUGACUCCUUUAAGCAGUGUGACUCCUUUCAUAUAGAAAAGUUUGCUGAGGAACAUGCUUGCUUUGGUGAAGGGGGAAAACGGCCAAGUAAAACAUUGAUGUUCCUUGAGGGCUGUCCUAAACGUCUUGGUUGCACUAUUUUGCUGAAAGGAAGUCAUUCUGAAGAACUCAAAAAGAUUAAGUGUGUUGUGCAGUAUGCUGUUGUCAUAGCAUAUCAUUUAAUCCUUGAAACUUCUUUCCUUAUUGAUCAGAAGACAAUGUUCUCUACAAUUCCUUUCACUGGAAUAGCAGAUAUGUUGCCAAUAGAUCGGGAAUCCCAUGCCUUAGAAAUUGGUAAUGUGAGUGUUCCUUGUCUGGAUGAGUCUACUGCUGAAACUGGAUCACAUGAAAUUGACAUUCCCAUUUCCACUGGGUUCCAAGAAGAAGGUUACCACAUAAAUGGGGAAAUAAAUGGUGAUCAAAUUGCGGAGUCAGGAUUAGAUUACAGUUCAGCAUUUUCUUUGGAGCCAUAUAAUCCAGCUAUUUUCUCUGGGUUGUCAUCUAUCUCUGCCUCUCUGAAGAAAGUUAUAGGAAACAAUUUCCCUCUUGCAUCCACUGCUCCUUAUCGCUUGUUGUCUGCAUAUUUUGGGUUAAAUGGGAGGGAAUCCAAGCUCACAGAAGCAGUUCCGACAAUGAAAAGUUUCGAGGUCUCAGAGCAAUUUGAUGUGGAAUCUAAAAGUGGUCCUGAAGAAGAGAAAUCUCUUGAUGAUGCACAACCCCAAUCUUUUUUGGUUUCCAUUGAAGUCCCACUUAACUUGAAAGUUAAUGGUAAUCAUAAUGAAGAAAAAAUGCAAAAAAAGGAGGACAUCAACACAAUGUUGGAUUCACAAAGUAUUUUGGUUCUCAUGUCUAGCCGAAAUUCUUCAAGGGGGACUAUAUGUGAGCAAAGCCAUUUUAGCCAUAUAAUGUUCUACAAGAAUUUUGAUGUUCCUCUUGGAAAGUUCCUUCAGGAUAAUUUACUCAAUCAGAAAAGCCGGUGUGCUAUAUGUGGUGAACUACCAGAAGCUCACUUCUAUUAUUAUGCACAUCAUAAUAAGCAGCUAACAAUACAAGUUAAACGACUUCCUAAGCAUUUACCAGGGAAAGCAGAGGGAAAACUCUGGAUGUGGAGUCGCUGUAGCAAGUGCAAAACUGGGAAUGGAAUUUCAAAAUCAACAAAAAGAGUGCUAAUAUCAACUGCUGCUCAUAGUCUCUCAUUUGGAAAGUUCUUGGAGCUCAGCUUUUCUGACUGCUCGUCAUCCAGCAGAUCAUCCAGCUGUGGGCAUUCUCAUCAUAGGGACUUCCUAUAUUUCUUUGGGUUAGGCCCUAUGGUUGCAAUGUUUAGUUACUCUUCAGUUACCACUUAUACUGUGUCCGUGCCUACACAACAGCUGGAGUUUAGCAAGUCAAUUAGACAGGAUUGGCUGAAGGAAGAAUUUGAAAAUGUUCAUAAAAAAGGGAUGCUAAUGUUCAGAGAGGUUGCAAGCUUUUUGGUGCAGAUAAGGUCUCAGUUUGUAGGCUCAACUCUAAAUCUUAGAGAUUCCUUGAAAGAAUUCUUUGAUGUUGAAGAGAUGUUGAAACAGGAAGCUUCUGAAUUUGAGGUAAACAUUCAGAAUGCUGUUGCAAAGAAUGGAAAUGCAAACAUGGGUUUUCACGAACUCCUCAUUUUGAACCAACUAAGGUGGGACCUUCUUCUGGAAUCAUGCAUUUGGGAUCGACGCCUGCAUUCUCUCCUGUUGCCUGAUCCUACAGUAGUCAUUGCUGGUGCCAGUAACAAAGCAGUUCUGGAGCAAUUGAUAUCGGAUAUGGGUAGUGCUGAUGGAGAAGACAGUGGAACAGAAACUAAAUAUGGAAAUGGUGACAAGGGUUCUGAUAAUAGUGGUAAACUGAAAGCCGGGACAAGUUCAUUUGUUGAAAGAAAAGAAUUUUCAGGUGAUGAAUUCUCUUCAAAUAUUCCUGUUCAAAAAUCUGAAGGAUGUGACAGCAUACAUGGCAAUUCCGCUGUGGCUGAGAAUAUUGAAAAGCCAAAAGUGGAUGGUGUAUGCCCUGUGAAAUCUUCCAACCUAGAGUUUGUUGUGACGCCUCAUAUCUCUGUUCGUCCUCAUUUUGAUGAGAAGAAUUAUCAAGCAGAGGAUGCAUCUCUCUCAGAUCAUUUACAAGUGGAUAGAACAAUCCCAAUUUCUACAGAUCUUGCCUUCAAUGACUCUAUAGUUGAUUCAAAUGGAUCUAGGAGGGGUGGAUCUCCACGUUCAUUACUAUCCAGCUUAGAAAACCUAAAUGGAUGGUUCUGGAUGCCUUUUUCUGAAAUCAGACAGAUGUAUAUGAAGGAUCUUCUACGAGGAAAUGUCCCGAAGUUCGAAUCCUUCAGUAGUUGUACUCCAGCACAAAUACCCACAGGCUAUCAAUUAAUCAGGGAGGAAGGGUCAAGGCUACACAUACCCCUAGGAACUAAUGAUUAUAUAGUGUCUGACUAUGAGGGUGAACUCUCAAGUAUAAUUGCUUGUGCCUUAGUGUUGCUGAAAGAUCUGCCCUCUGUUACAGAAGUGUCCAAUGAGGAUGGGAAGAGAGAUAGACUAAUUGAAAGUUUACACAGCCUGACUCGAGUUCCAAUGAUAGCAUCCGUGCAUUGGUCUUCUAGUGGUUCAUCUGAUUCCGACUCUGUCUCUAGUCUGAGCAUUUCUUCAGAAGAGUCACGGUUCUCCAGUUUUGAUGGAUUAAACUUGUUGGAUUCUCGAGUUCCUCCUGAUUCUCUUAAUAUAGAGGUUUCUCUAGGGCUUUCCAAAUCACUAGGGAAGGGUAAAUACUCAGUAGUAUCUUUAUAUGCUAACCAGUUCCGUGAUCUUCGGGAGCGGUGCUGCCCUUCAGAGCUUGAUUAUAUUGCAUCCCUUAGCCGUUGCAGAAAAUGGGAUGCCAAAGGAGGGAAGAGCAAGUCCUUUUUCGCUAAAACACUUGAUGACAGGUUUAUUAUAAAGGAAAUUAAGAAGACAGAGUAUGAUUCAUUUGAGAAGUUUGCUUUACAUUACUUCAAGUACAUGAAUCAAUCAUUUGAGACUGGAAGCCAAACUUGCCUUGCUAAAGUUCUUGGAAUUUAUCAGGUUAUAGUAAGACAGCCAAAAACUGGGAAAGAGUCAAGACAUGAUCUUAAGGUGAUGGAGAAUCUUACCUUUGGUAGAAAUAUUACUCGCCAAUAUGAUCUUAAAGGGGCCUUACAUGCUCGAUUCAGUUCAGGGGCUGAUGGUUCUGGAGAUGUUCUUUUGGAUCAGAACUUCGUCAAUGAUAUGAAUUCCUCUCCAUUAUAUGUUAGUAAUAAAGCAAAGCGUAUCUUGCAACGGGCUGUAUGGAAUGAUACAACUUUCCUCAAUUCAAUCAAUGUAAUGGAUUAUUCUUUACUUGUUGGGGUGGAUACCCAGCGGCGGGAGCUUGUAUGUGGGAUUAUCGAUUACCUCAGGCAGUAUACUUGGGACAAACAACUUGAGACGUGGGUUAAGUCUUCAUUGGUUGUUCCUAAGAAUGUGUUGCCAACUGUUAUUUCUCCUAAGGAGUAUAAGAAAAGAUUCAGAAAGUUCAUGUCAACUUACUUUUUGAGCGUCCCAGAUCAUUGGUGCUCAGAGGAAUCCUCUGACCCUAGUGAACUUUGCAGCAUUGGAGAUUAUGAUUUAUCUCAAUCCAAGUCCUUAAAGCAACCAUACCUAAAUGAUUUCCCUGCCUAGGUCUUGUAUUCGUUGUUUCUCUUUUUUUUUCCCCUUGGAUUUGCCCUCAUUUUUAUAGCAAGUUGAAAAAUCACUGUGUAAAUAUACAAUCAUGCAAUUUUUAGCAAAUUUCUGGGGAUAGUUUCUUUCCUAUAGGUCUUCUUUCCUAUAGGUCUGCCAUAUCCAUCUUAAUGUUCAUAAUUUUGUACAGUCAAGUGAGGAAAUGUAGAGAGCUGCGGUUAUUGAAAGACUGAUAAUGUGAAAUGAAUGAAAAGUUUCAGCUGUUGUUAAUAGCA